AUGGAAAUUUUACUGGUUCUUAUUAGUAGCGUCCUUAGUUUUUAUUACCAUAACUGAGCUCUUUCAAUUACGUACAUAUUUAAUAAAUAUAAAAGUAUUUCUAUGGAGGCUAUUUAUACUUAAUGGAUUAAUAUUGUUCAAACAUGGCUUGAUAAGUUUAUAGACUUAUAAUUUUAUUGAAUUUUAAAUAUAAUAAGCAUAUCAUCAAUGGUGGGACGAAGAAGUUAACGAUAAAUAUCAAGUCCUAAAGCGGUAUUCCUACUCUUUACUUGGCUUGGCAGUGGUUUUGCUUUUCGUUUUCCUCACUGUUAAUUCAAAUAAGAUUGAAAUUGCUAUACUGCACAUCCCUUACUUAUUUAUCCAUUUUGUCAGCUGCAGCCUAGUUUGGUAUUUCGACAGAAAAGGCUACCUCGCUAAGUCGCUAUUCUCAAUCAGUUUUUCAGAAUUUAACUGUUUUGUGCUGUGGAAGCAGGGCCAAAAUGAAUAUAAAUCAGAGCAACUUUUGUUUGAGAUGCUAUCACUGAUAUUCAUUAACAGCUUUGAGCUCCCUUUUGUCCAGACUCGGCUAAUGAAAUGUGCCAUUAUGUCAAAACAUUUAUAUUUAUGGCAUUACAGAAAAUACUUACUCCCCCCCCGUGAGCAAACAAAAAAAUCUUAUUCGCUCACGGAGGGGACUUAUUUUUUUUUUUCGAAAUUUCAAAAAAUCCUAAUUCACAAAAAUUGGAAAGCAAAUAUCUAUUUAAUUUGUAAAGUUUAUGUUUUAAAACGUAAUUUGUUUUGAAAUUAAACAGAAUUAGCUCGAGAUUUCAUUAUAAUAAUUACCACUUAUAUAUCAAAAAUUUUUUCCAUACAAAAUUUAUCUAUUAAAAAAAUUUUUGUUCACUUACGGAGGGUGGGUUUUUUGGGCAAAAAAUAGGGAUUUUUCUAAAGGUUUUGUUUGCUCACGAAGGGGGGGAGUAAUAAAUGAGCUCUUUUUAGAUGCAAGCUACACGCCCCACAUGGUAUCAUUCCUUAUUAUUUUUCUAUACAAUAUAAAUUCUUAUUUCUUGAAAGCCAAAUCAUAUGAGAGGUUUAUAUCAAGGAAAAAUCUUGAAAAUGCAGAAAGCCGAUUAAGUGUUCUUUUUAACUUGAUUUCUGAUGGGGUUUUGGUGCUUUCUGAAAAUAAAGAAGUACUAUUUUCGAAUCACAACUUGCCGAAGCUGCUCUGCUGCGAAAUUGACUGUGUGGUUGAAUUAUUAGCUGAAAUUGAGUUUUUAGAAGGGAAAAAAUAUUCUGAAUUAUCAGAAUCAAAUAAGCUUAUAGAUCAUAAGCUAGAGAUGAGUAAUUGUGAGGAGGCAAAAUCUAAAAUAAUUAAUAGGAGCUAAUUAUUUUGCUAAAAGUAAAAAAUGCUUUUAAGAUAAUAUGGUAUAUAAAUUUUAUUAGAAAUUCAACUCUCAAUAGUGAAAUUUUUCUGGGAGUGAGCGCAAAGCCUUCUAAUCUUAUAUGAAGAGGGAAAAAAGUUAUAUGAGAAAAGCAGCAGAGCAUUUUAAUUACAGUUAGAGAUGCAAGCGCUUUAAUUCAAUUUGAAAAGGCUCGCUCAGAAAAUAUGCUUACUCCCCCUUCCGUCAGCGAACAAAACUAUUGGAAAAAUCCCUAUUUUUGGGUCAAACCCACCCUUGGCCAGCGAACAAAAAAAUUAUUUUAAUGUAAAUUUUUUAUGAAAAAAAAUAUUUUGAUAUAUAAGUGAUAAUUAUUAAAACCUGAUCCCUGUUUUGGAUCGGCCUCCAUGACAUCUCUUGAGUCAGAUGGGUUUGCUUGCAAAGUUAACUACCCUGAUGGCAAACCCUCUUGUGAUUGAUUGAAGCUUUGCAACCGGAGGAGCUAACUUUGACAGCAAACGUAUGCUCGUCAACUUAUCAUCUGGCAUCGGGAGAUGUCAGAUAAGCCCUAUCCAAAGCAGGGAUCAGACUAUAUAAUGAAAUCUCUUUAAUUUUUAUUUCUACUGGCUCUUUUUUUAAAAUUUGAAAAAAAAAAAAUUAUUAUAUAUAAAUUUUUAAUAAUAUUUUAAAAAUAUUUACGCUCACGGAUAGAAAUAGUUAAGAAUAUUUUAUUAAGAUCAGUAACUCAUGAAUUGAGAACUCCUAUUAACGCAAUCUCAUUUAUAGUCGAAGAAUUAAUGCGCGAUCAUAAAAUCUCUGAAGCUCCAGAACACCUUGAAAAGCUGAAAAUAGUUUCAGUGUCAGCCAAACUUUUGAUUUCUCUUGUAAACGAUUUAUUGGACUACUCUAAAAUGAUAGCAGGGGCUUUUACUGUCCAAAAGAGUAAACCCAAGCUUCAUGAUAUCAUUAGCGGCUGCUUACAACUUAUAAGAAUUCAAGCAGAGAAAAAAGAUCAGAUUAAGAUUUUAUACGACUAUAGCGGAAUAAACCAAUAAUCGCUUGGCUGUCUGACUCCACAAAGCCAACCUCUAUAAACCUUGGAAUUCAAAUGAGGAAAAUGGAAAGCUGCCCUUUUUGGAUUUCUACCUUUAAUUACCUGCCCAAAGGAUUAACUCCUAGGGCAGAGUCAUCGUCUGGGAGAUGACUCGAUGACCAGAUAAGAUAAGCCUAUCUGGUAGCUGAAAACCUGUCUAGCCUCAGUAGGAAUAGGAAAAUCUUCGGGAGAAACUAAAUUUCCUCUUCAGCAACGCUUCGAAUGGCCUACUACUUCAAAGGAGAUAUAGGUUAUAUUGUCAGCUUUACCAGGAUGGAGCCUAUCUGCUCCAUAGGUCUGCUAACUUUACUAUAUUAUUUCUUUGACGAGAAAAAAGGAAUUCAAGUUCUUGUAAGAAUUGAUCCAAAAUUGCCUGAAUAUGUAUAUACGGAUGCUUUGAGAUUAAGUCAGAUUCUGCUAAAUCUCUUAAGUAAUGCACUAAAAUUUACAAUUAAAGGAAGGGUUGAGCUUGUAUGUCUGCUUGACACAAAUUCAAAGCUCAAAAUAAUGGUAAACGACACAGGAAUUGGAAUCAGUGAGUCGAGGAAACAAUGGAUUUUCCAAGAAUUUCAUUCAGAUAUAAGCUUAAAUAUAAACCCAGAUGGCUGUGGUCUUGGCCUUGUAAUUUCAAAUAAAAUUGUCCAAGAACUUGGAGGAAAUCCUAUUGAAGUCAUCUCAAAGACAGGAAAAGGCUCAUCUUUUAUUUUCUCAAUAGACAUUUUUGAAACUCCUCCCAAUCUUCAGAUACUUUCUGAUGAUUAUUUUUCAGACUCUCAGGUUUGACUUGACGAGUGCUUAACUGCCUCAAUUGCUGAUUUUGAGUCUGCUAUAGCAGAAAAUAAAAAUGCACAAGUUUUGAUUGCAGACGAUAAUGACUUUAAUAGGAUGAUUUUAGGGACUCUUCUUAAACGCAAUAAUGUUAAUUAUAAUGAAGCAUGUACAGGAUUAGAAUUAAUCAAGAAAGUACAAGAAAGUGAUUCUAUGGGUAGAGCUUAUAAGGUUGUAGUUGUUGAUGGAAGCAUGCCUGACUCCCCCUUUAAAUGGAACAAAAAAAUUGUUCCAAUUUAAAAGGGGGUUAAAUUUUGUUAUAAAAAAAAUUAUCGAAUUAGAUUAAUAAAUUUAUUUAAUAAAAUGCUAUUUCUUCUUUAUCCUUUAAAAACAAGCAAGAUAUCGCUAAAUUUUUAUUUUUAGUUAAUACGCCUCUAUUAAUUGGUAUCAAAACUAUUUACACAAAAAUUAUUAUUUUUAUUGAUAAAAAAAAUUAAAAAAAAAUUUAGAAAAUUUAUCAAUCACACUGCUAAUUUUGUUUAAAUAAAGUGCUCUUUAUACUUUAUUCUUUAAAUUAAAGCAAGAACUAACUCCCCCCCCCCUCCGUGAGUGAACAAAAAAAUUUUGUUCACUCACGGAGGGGGGUUAAUUUUUUUUUUUCGAAAUUUAAAAAAAAUCCUAAUUCGCAAAAAUUGGAAAGCAAAUAUUUAAUUCAAUUUGCAAAAUUUAUGUUUUAAAAAAGCAAUUCGUUUAAAAUUAAACAGAAUUAACUCUAGAUUUCAUUAUACUAAUUAUCAUUUUAUAUAUUAAAAUUUUUUUUCCAUAAAAAAUUUUUCUAUUAAAAAAAAUUUUUGUUCACUCGCAGAGGGUGGUUUUUUGUGCAAAAAAUAGCGAUUUUUCUAAUGGUUUUGUUCACUCACGGAGGGGGGGAGUAAGUAAAUUUUUCAAUUUUUGCAAAGAAUUCGCAUUGAAUUUACAGCAAAAUUAUUUAAUAAAAAUAUUAUUUUUAAAAAUUUAGCAGUUAAGGAUAAAAAUUAUAUUAAAUAAGAUGCUCUUUAUACUCUCUUUUUGAAAAAAGAGCAAGAUAUAACUAAAUUUUUAAUUUUAGUUAAGAAGAAACAUUUAAUUUAUAUCAAAACUGUUUACAUAAAAAGUAUGAUUUUUAUCUAUAAAAUUUUGUAUUAUAAAAUUAAAUUUUGUUCCAUUUAAAGGAGGCUAAUUACCAAAAAAAUUGAAAUUCUAUGAUAUUUUGUUCCAAUUUAAAGGUGGGAAGUGAGCUAAAUGGUUGGGAAGCUACUCGGAAAGUGAUAGAGAUGUACUUUAAUGGAGAAAUUAAAUUUUUGCCUGCGAUGAUCGGAUAUACCGCAUUUAGUUCUGAUAGUGAUAUUAGGCUAUGCUUGGAAUCUGGGAUGGAAGAAGUACUGACUAAGCCAUGCUCUCCUGAAAUACUCACACAAACAAUUCUGAAAUAUCUUUAUAAAUAA